GCGAGCGGAGCGGGACCGGGGCUUCGUGCGGGCGGCGAGCGGAGCGGGACCGGGGCUUCGUGCGGGCGGCGGGGCCGCGCCUCAGCCUGCUCUGGAGCUGCGGAAGAGCCAAACCAGUGACUUUGAGAGGUUGCAGUGGCAGUGAGCUGUGUGAUUCCUUCUGAAGAGGAGAGCCUGUUGGUGCCAUGGAAGCGGAAAAGAGCAGCAAAAGGAGCUGCUUCACUCAGACCUCCUUCCUGGGUGCAGAUUUAGGGGAAGACUCGCAGCUGGAGUAUCUCAGUGCUUACGAGGAGUGUGAGGAGGAUAAGAACAACUCAAGUGAGUUUUCGGAGCAGGGGGAGGUUGGAGAGGUGAAGGCCAUGCCUCUGAUUGGUGACAAGGUGCCACCGCGAAUCACAGCAGGGGAAGAAGGUUCUGGAAAGAGCGAAAGACCCACCCACAGCGUGGCAGUGGAGCCAGACCCUGCUUUCCUGCCGCCCGGGGAAGAGGCCCAGCUCUGCCAACAUGCACAGCCCUUCUACUUCAGCAGCUGUGAGGAACCUGCAGUGUGCACCCGUGGUACCAGCAGCACUGCGGAGGAUGCUGAAACCCAGCUCCCAGUCCCUGAAAUCCUCCCGAGCAAGAGUCCUGGUGCUGGCAUGGAAGCUGCAGAUAAAUCCUCUGGUGAGAGCCCCAGGGCGGUGAAGCUGGAGCGUGCUGAAGGCCUGAGGAGCGUUCCUGGUGUCGCCGCUGGCUCUGAUUCCAGAGCUGGCUUCCCAGCGAGCAGAGGCAGCAGUGCCCAGUGUCUCUGCUCCAGGGCAGUGAACACAGAGGUAACCAUGAUGAGCAAAACUCGACCCGCGGGGUGGCUGGCUCAAACCUCUGUGGAUGCUGCUUCCAACACGGAAUUGUCCUUCAGAGCUCACAGCUCACACGUGCAGCAGGAAUCCAAAGAUGAUCUGUCUGUCUGUGAGUGGAAGACAAGCACCGACAGGCCAGAACAUGCCACCAAGCAAAGUGGGGAGAAUUCUGCAUCAAGCUGCUGUCAGGACAUCCUGCAGAGAGCAACUGAAGCAGAGCUGCAGCUCCUGGCCACCCAUUACAAGAUGUGCUACCAGCACUGCUUGAAGGUUUAUGAGCUGGCUUUGGAGGAAAACACCUAUCUUGGGAGAUGUGAGGACAAGGCUGAGUUAUAUUCAUCUCUCCUGUUGGUUUUGGAUGAGCUGGACAAUAAUUACAGCAGUAUGAAAAGGAAAAUAAACAUGGGCAUACCUUUAAAUGAACUUCCACCACUGUCAGUUGAGCUGAAGUUUUCCCCACUCUCUUCCUUGUACAUCCCCUCCAAGUUUUUCAGAAAGAGUCUUUACUCUGAGCAUGAUAGAACACAUUCAGGAACCCCAUCCAGAGACUUUCUUGAUCUUUCAGGUGGAGGGAAAGCUGACUUUGAAGUACCAAAACGGCAAGAAAAGGGGAUUUCUGUCAAUAUGGACAACUCACAGAGUGAUGCUGAUCAGCCAGGUGACUCUGCUUCCCCUGAGACAUGGGAAGAACAACCUAAAGAUCAGGCUCUGGAACGUGGCUGUGUAAAAAAUGAGGAAGGAAGUGAGUAUUGGUUUGAUGCUAAGGAAGAUUUGUCAGUGGCAGAUAUUUCAGUAAUGUGCAAAGAAAUGAAAAAGCAACAAGGAAAACAAGACUCAAUUGACUCAAGAGAAGUGAAGACAGUGGGGAGUGGGAAUGAACAUUCUUCUGUUCCUGUUGGUGGCCCAAAACCCUCAGUGCCUGAGGAUCCUGGGGAAAAUUCCCUGCAGAAAACAACCACUUGUUCCUCUGUGGGUUCCUCUGUGAACCCACCUGGUGUCUUCGUUUCUCCUUAUGCACUGAACUUGAGCAGCUUUACCAAGUUAAUAAAGAGACUCCAACAAAGGCAUCCAGGGUUUAGCAGAGAGGAAAUUGCGGACGCUGUGCAGGAGGUGAGGAAGAUGAACAAAGGUGUCCUGAGUGGCUUGGCCAUAAGUUCUAUUGAGGUGAAGGCCUCUGCCAUUCUGAGGUGUCAGCAGGAGAAGCACGGAAAGCGCGUGAGGAAGCCGGACUGCUCCGUGCUUUCCUUCGGAACUGUUCGCUCCGUUCGCCGCGCCUCUGGGCUGCGAGGGGGAGAGGUCGAUAAGGAGAGCCUGGGCUCCAUCUCCAUCCCCCUGCUCCCACGGGAGCGCUUCCCCUUCCUCUGCCCCGCGCUGCCGCCGGGAGAGCGGGGCAGGAGCCGGGCGGGGCCGCGCCCGCCCCGGGCCCGCCCCUCUCGCAGCGCCGCGGGCGCGGAGCCCGCCCGGCCCCGGGAGCGGAGCCGCUCCUGCCGCGGGGCCAUGGCCCUGCUCCCGCGGCGCUUCCUCUGCUUCGUCCUGGCCCAGCACUUCAUCGCGGCCACGGCGUGCCAGGAGGCCGACUACGGCUGGAUGAUCCGGCAGCACUGCCUCAAGGACUUCCAGGACAGCAUGGAGGGCAUCGGCCAGCGCCUCUGGUGUGACUGGGGCGAGACCAUGGGCACCUACGGGGAGCUCACCAACUGCACGGUGCUGAUCGCCGAGAAGCUCGACUGCUACUGGCCCAACCGGCUGGUGGACGAGUUCUUCGUGGCCGUGCACAAGCAAUACUUCAGGAACUGCUCCCCGUCGGGCCGGGCGCUGCACGACCCCCCGAACGGCGUGCUGUGUCCCUUCAUCGUGCUGCCCGUGCUGGUCACCCUGCUGAUGACAGCGCUCGUGGUGUGGAGGAGCAAACGCAGCGAGGGCAUCGUGUAGGGGCGGCGCGGCCGGCGCAGGGGAGCGACGGGCGGCUCUCCCCUGGAACGUGCCUGGAGUUUGGGAAGAGCCUGCCGGAGGAGCAGCACGGAGGGUACCGAGCCCCGGAGGCAGGGACGGCAUCGCCACCGCUCCUUCUCCGCCCGUGUGCCCGCUGGCUUCCAAAUAAAUGUCAUUUAAGCGAUGGUGGCCGGGCGGAGCGGGCUGCCCCGGCAGCGGGGGCUCUGCGGAGCGCCGCUCACCCCGCUGCACCACCCUGCUCCGCCUCUGCAGCCGCUUCCCCGGCAUCGUGUGCCGAGCAGGAGAAUUCUAA